AUGUUUUUCUUUCGACGUUCGAAUGUCAAGCCGGCGCCACGCCCUUCGCGAGCCCCAUCCUUCGCCCUGCCCAAGCGUCGUGGUCCGGUGCUGUUUACGCCCUCGCAUCAACAUGAUCAACUGCCGUUUUUAUCCCGUUCCCGGUUCAGUGCCUUGCCGCAUUUUCGUGCCUACGGCGAUGAACCCGAGAGUCUUUCUCUGUUUAUUGCUAUACUGUAUGUGGUGGAUUUGUUUGGCAUCUUUCCGUUUCUGACGCUGCCCGCGCUGCUAAUCCGCCUGGGUUACUUUGGGGUGCUCCUCGUGCUUUCCAUCAUCUUCCUGCAGAUGUAUACAUCAUUUCUGCUCUCGCAAUGCUGGACAAUGGCCGAGUAUUUGGAUCCUUCGAUAAUGCAGAAACGGAAUUAUCCCUAUGCUGCACUUGCCGAGCUCGCCUUUGGUCCCUAUGUGAGUGUAUUGGUAUCGGUGCUGCUGGAUCUGAGCAUCUUUGCCUUGGCUGUGCCCAGCAUUGUCAUGGCUGCCGAGAAUCUUGAGGCCGUUGUGCUCCGCAUGAGUGCUGGCCAUUAUAAUUUCUCUUACUGCUAUUGGGCGAUCAUUGUGGGCCUCAUCAUCUGCCCGCUCAUGUGGCUGGGCAGUCCCAAGCACAUGCGUGGACUGGCCAUUAUUGCCGCUUGUUGUUUGAUUAUCAUUGUGGCGCUGCUGUGGUAUUGCCUCCUGGAUGCCUCUGCCAUUGGAUCACCAUUUCAAGGGGUAUCGAUGGAGCUGCCUGGAUUUCUAACUAUCCUGAACGGCUAUAGCAUUCUGGCUUUCCAAUUUGAUAUACAUCCUGUGCUGCUCACGUUGCAAAUUGAUAUGAAGCGCAAGUGGCAAGUGUCUUGGGCAGCACUUGGUGGCAUUGCCAUUACUUGCAGUGUGGCCAUCAUUGGUUCCGUCUUUGCCGCCUACAAAUUUGGCUCAAUGGUGGCCAAUAAUCUACUGCAGUCGCUGCCCACCAGUGUGCCCUUCUAUGUGAUGCUCAUCCUAAUGUCGCUCCAGCUGUGCUUCUCGGUGACUGUGGCCAGCUCAGCCAUGUUUCUGCAGAUCGAGAACUACUUCAAGUUGCCAGAGACUCUGUGUUGCAAGCGUGUGCUCAUACGCUCCUGUGUCCUGGCCUUGGAGGUGCUUGUGGCCGAGUUUGUGCCCAGCUUUGAUGCACUCAUGGAUGUGGUUGGUGGCACCAUAACCGGUCCUUUAGUGUUUAUCCUGCCACCUUUGCUGUAUCGUCGCAUACGACGCAUGGAGCUGGUGCAUCAACGCAUUGCCGCCGAGGCUAGUUAUGGCAGUCUACCCUUGGAUUUGAACUAUGAUCCAGUUGAGGUGGAAAUGGAGCCACUGCUGGUGACAGCCAAACCACAUACACCACGUGGCUUGUGGCUCCGUUUGGUGCGUCUGUUGCAUCGCCUCGAGUGCGAUGUGUCCUGCACCAUGGGCGUACUUAUCUUCGGACUGCUUGCCACCUUUCUGUCCACCUAUUUGAAUCUCUUCACCAUAGGCGAUCUCUUCGCGAACAAUUCCCCCUGCAUGGGCAACCUGAGCAUGCAUUAACUAAAAAUCUUAGCUGAAUACUUUCAUCACAUCUAUAAAUAUAG